AAUCCUCAAGAGAACCCCCCACAAAGCAAGGUCGGGAGCAGGAUUGGAAUUGGAUUUCAUUGUGGCAACGUGAGGAUAAACGGAAGACGCUGUGGAGCUGCAAAGAGAGAAGGCGCUCGAAUUCUUCCGAGUCUUGACCUUCGUGCUGCUGUUCCUGAUCAUCUCCCUGUACCUCUAUCGCUUCGCAUUCUAAAGGACUAGCGCUGACUGCCUGGGGGAUUUGGGUGAGGAUCGACUCCGUUGUGUAAUCAGCCCAAAAGGGGAGACUGUGAUUUUAAUUUCAUUUUCGAUUCCGAAUCCGAUUCGUCUCGCCUCGCCUCGUUCUCGAUCUCUCUGUGGGACCUUGACGUGGUGGUGGGGUCUAAUUAAAGCCACAGCCGAGAUGCCCAAAUUACCAGCGGUUGGCAUUGAUCUUGGUACCACGUACUCGUGUGUCGGCGUCUUUCAGCAUGGCAAGGUGGAGAUCAUCGCCAACGACCAGGGCAAUCGCACCACGCCCAGCUAUGUGGCGUUCACGGAGUCGGAGCGUCUGAUCGGCGAUGCGGCCAAGAACCAGGUGGCCAUGAAUCCCAACAACACGAUUUUCGAUGCCAAGCGGCUGAUUGGUCGCCGCUUCGACGACGCCACCGUCCAGUCGGACAUGAAGCACUGGCCCUUCGAGGUCUUCGCCGAGAACGGAAAGCCCCGCAUCCGGGUGGAGUACAAGGGCGAGCGGAAGAGCUUCUAUCCGGAGGAGGUGUCCUCGAUGGUGCUGACCAAAAUGCGCGAGACGGCGGAGGCCUACCUGGGCGGCUCUGUAACGGAUGCAGUGGUCACCGUGCCGGCCUACUUCAACGACUCCCAGCGGCAGGCGACCAAGGACGCGGGUGCCAUCGCGGGAUUGAAUGUCCUGCGCAUCAUCAACGAGCCGACGGCGGCGGCCAUAGCCUACGGACUGGACAAGCAGGGCACCAGCGAGCGGAAUGUCCUGAUCUUUGACCUGGGCGGCGGAACCUUCGACGUUUCGGUGCUGACCAUCGAAGACGGGAUCUUCGAGGUGAAGGCCACCGCCGGCGACACCCAUCUCGGUGGCGAGGACUUCGACAACCGGCUGGUGAACCACUUCGUGCAGGAGUUCCAGCGCAAGCACAAGCGGGAUCUGGGCCAGAACAAGCGGGCAUUGCGGCGCCUGCGCACCGCCUGCGAAAGGGCCAAGCGCACCCUCUCCUCGUCCACGCAGGCCAGCAUCGAGAUCGACUCGCUCUUCGAGGGCGUGGACUUCUACACUUCGGUGACUCGGGCCCGCUUCGAGGAGCUGAACGGGGAUCUGUUCCGGGGCACCAUGGAGCCGGUGGCCAAGGCUCUGCGCGACGCCAAGAUGGACAAGGGCCAGAUCCACGAUAUCGUCCUGGUUGGGGGCUCCACCAGGAUUCCCAAGGUUCAGCGCCUGCUGCAGGACUUCUUCAACGGCAAGGAGCUGAACAAGUCGAUCAAUCCCGACGAGGCGGUGGCCUAUGGAGCCGCCGUGCAGGCGGCAAUCCUCCAUGGCGACAAGUCGGAGGCUGUGCAGGAUCUGCUCCUGCUGGACGUGACGCCUCUGUCGCUGGGCAUUGAGACCGCUGGCGGAGUGAUGACGACGCUGAUCAAAAGGAACACCACCAUACCGACCAAGCAGACGCAGAUCUUCACCACCUACGCGGACAACCAGCCGGGUGUGCUCAUCCAGGUGUUCGAGGGUGAGCGGGCAAUGACGCGGGACAACAACAGCCUGGGCAAAUUCGAGCUGUCGGCUAUUCCGCCGGCUCCCCGUGGAGUGCCCCAGGUGGAGGUGACCUUUGACAUCGACGCCAACGGCAUACUCAACGUGACGGCGCUGGAGAAGUCGACGGGCAAGGAGAACCGCAUCACCAUCACCAACGACAAGGGGCGUCUCUCCAAGGAGGACAUCGAGCGGAUGGUCAACGAUGCGGAGGCUUACCGGCAGGCGGAUGAGCAGCAGCGAGACCGGAUCAACGCCAAGAACCAGCUGGAGUCCUAUUGCUUCCAGCUGCGCUCCACCCUGGACGAUGACCAGCUGCGCAGCCGCAUCAGUCCUGCGGAUCGGGAGACCAUUCAGCAGCACUCCAGCGAGACAAUUUCCUGGUUGGACGCCAAUCAACUGGCAGAACGGCAGGAGUUCGAGCACAAGCAGCAGGAGCUGGAGAGGAUUUGCAGCCCGAUCAUCACGCGGCUUUAUCAGGGCGCUGGAAUGGCUCCACCUCCGCCUCCAACCGGCGGCUCGAAUCCGGGGGCAUCUGGGGGAUCUGGUCCCACCAUCGAGGAGGUGGAUUAAUAAAUUGAAAACAGAGUGGACCACUUCCUGUUCGGUUCCUCCAGUUGAUUUCAAAUUUGUUUGUUAUCCCUAGAAACUCGAAAAAUCCCAUCCAAAUUUAGCCAAUUUUUUGAAUCCCUUAUAGGUCAAAAUAAAAAUAAAUUUCUCGUGUAAA